UAUGAGUAAGAGGUGAACAGGCCUAGAUGAAGGCCUCUUCCCAAUAAUUACACAUAACUACCACUAUCACUAUACUGCUACUGCUAUAUGAGUUUAUACCUUUUUUUUAAAAACGGUAGAAGUAGAGUUCUUGCGCAGCCCCAGUAGAUUCUACCUAAUUAACUGGCUCCACAUAGAGGGCUCGAGUUUGGGUCGCAAAUCGGCAGGACCUUGCGGCUCCGGCUCCGGGUGCCCACCCCCGCAUUCCCCUCAUCAAAUGCAGGUACUAAUCGCAAUCACAUCCCUCCACAUCCCGGCCAGCAUCUCCGGCACUUGACCUCGGGAUUAGUCUUCAAGAUCCUGACUGUGCAAGAAUCUCGGAUAUAACGAUGGUAUUUGGGGGAAGAGAAUGGCUCGCCUCAUAGCCUGCCAUAGAUCUUUUCGAUACUUACACUCACGUGCGUAGUCCUCACUCACACAACAGCGUCGCUCAGAAAGCCUCCAGACAUGUCUUCCUCGAUAGAAACCAGGUUGUUUAUCAACAACGAGGCAAGUGAAGCUGCUGUGCCAGACAGUCAGGCGUAUCAAUUUGUCGAAUCCAAGACCGAGAAGACCUACAAACUCUACAACCCAGCCACGGACGAGUUUGUCGCCGAUGUACACCAAGCAGGGGCUCAAGAUGUUGAUGCCGCCGUUGCCGCCGCGGAAGCGGCGUUCCCGGCUUGGAGAGACACCCCCGUCCAUGUCAAGGCUGGCUUGUUCAACAAGCUGUCGACGCUGAUCAGUCAGAGCAAGGAGGAGUUGUGGAACCUGGAGAGGAUGGCAAUGGGCCGUACCUUUGGAUUUGCACAUUUUGAAGUGAUGGGCUGCGCUGGCCUAAUGGCGCAGCAUGCCGGCAUUGCGCUGCACGUCCAGGGCAAAUCGAGCCUGAAUACCCCCGGCAUGAUCACCUUCACGUUGAAGCAGCCGUAUGGCGUUGUGGCCGGCAUCUUGCCCUGGAACGUCUCCUUGAUCAUGUUUGCCAUGAAGACCGCCCCUGCUCUGGCAACCGGUAACUGCGUGAUCAUCAAGUCGAGCGAGAAGUCGCCGUUGGGGGUUCUGAAGGUCGCGGCGCUGUUCAAGGAGGCCGGCUUUCCCCCUGGGGUCUUGAAUAUCGUCACAGGGACGGGGCCUACCACAGGCAGUCUGAUUGCGAGCCACAUGAAGAUCCGCAAGAUCGCCUUUACCGGCUCGAUUGCCACGGGUAAGAAGGUCAUGGCCGCAGCCGCAGCCUCAAACCUGAAGAAUGUCACCCUGGAGCUUGGUGGCAAGUCUCCCGCCAUCAUCUUCGGUGACGCCGAUAUCCAAAAGGCCGCUCUCGCCGUCCAGAUGUCGAUCCACCUCAACAGUGGGCAGCACUGCCAAGCCAACAGCAGAGUCUUCGUGCACGAGUCAAUCGCCAACGAGUUCACGGAAGCGCUCGUGAAGUUGAUGACGAGCCGGUCCAUCGGUGACCCAUCAGAUAAGUCCGUCUUCCAAGGCCCCCAGGGAGACAAGAUACAGAAGGAGCGCAUCGUCUCCAUCCUCGAGCAGGGCAAGAAGGACGGCACGGUGCUGUGCGGCGGCAAGGCGGCUGAUGUGAACGGCAAGGGCCACUUCAUCGAGCCGACCAUCAUCAAGGACGUGGGGGACGCCUCGAUCCUCGCAACCGAGGAGAUCUUCGGCCCCGUCGUAAUCCUCAACACAUUCAAGACCGACGAGGAGGCGCUCGAGCGUGCAAACAACACCGAGUACGGACUGUACAGCUCCAUCUAUACCAAGGACGUCGAACGCGCGCUCAAGUUUGCAACGUUCCUCGAGGCAGGCGCCGUCGGGCUGAAUUGUUCGGCGCCCACGCAGGGCAUGGACAUGCCGGUGUCUGGCUGGAAGCAGUCGGGGAUUGGCAGCGAGAUGCACAUGUACGGCGUGGAAAACUACCUGCAGACCAAGGCGGUCUACAUGAAGUACGAGGAUGUGCCCUUCCACUGA